AGAAGUUGUUGAGGCUGGUGGCGUUGGUAUCUGACAUUGAAAAUUUCAAUUUAGGUUUGUUGGAAGAUAGUUAUAAUGGAGUGUGCAGACCAAAAAAGAUGCGAAGAACUGGCCAAAUCAUCAUCUUUCUACCGCAGGAUAUAUUCAGAGGUAGAAGAGAUAGGAUGGGAGCACCUUGUUAGAUUUGGGGAAGAUCUGAGACUUCUCAGCUUUCACACCAAGGACAAGAAAGGAAGAGUGCACAUUCUGCAGAUAACUUUGGAUGGAUCAUAUCCUAACCAUCCGCCUUCUAUAGCAGCGGAUGUUCCUUAUCUCUUCAAUUUAAAAUGGUCAAUAAACUCAAGACUGAAAGAUGCUAUCCAACAGUUUCAUAAGCAUCUUGAGAAGCUUCAGGACUUUUGGAAUCUAAUGGAUGAUAUUGACCACUCUCUUUUGGUUUCUGAUCUACGAUAUCCUCAACGUGCUUUGUCACAUCGCCAACUUAAUAUAAGUAAUGACAGCUACAUCAUAUUGUCUAUAGAUGCUAAUGAUCCGACAUCCCUACCGGACUGUCGCUUUCUUGGUUCUGAUUCAGGGGUGGAGAGAUUGAGGGCGAUGUGGAGGAAAAACUGCAAAAGAUGGAUGAGAGACAAGCCAUUUUCCGAGAAUCUUGCACACGUAUUGGAUAUUCAACUUCAUGGACCUUCAAGUAUUCAGAAAACUGAUCCACAAACUGAAUGUGGCAUUUGUUAUGCACAAUAUCUUCCAAUUGAUGAUGAACUUGGUGAUAAGAGUGGAAGUGGCACUGAUUGUACAUGUGAAAAUAACAGCUGCAGUAGGGCCUUCCAUAGUGUUUGCCUUGGAGAUUGGCUGCGUUCUAUCACAACAACAAGGCAGUCGUUUGAUGUUCUGUUUGGCAAUUGUCCAUACUGUUCUGAUCCAAUUGCUGUCAAAAUGAAUACUAGAAAGUAAAGCAGUAAUUCAGUCUCAGCCACAUUUGCAUUCCUUAGCCAGUGUAUUUAGUAAUGCUA